UCGCAGAGAGAUCCAAGGAAUUCAACAGCAGGAGGUGACGUCAGAAUCCCGCAAUUUGCGGUGUUGUUGCUUUCAAAAACAUUUGAUAUGGAGUAGAACAAUUAACCCUGUUCCGAACUUUAGUUUUCGCAUUUUCGGGGACUUUUUAUUUCGCAAAAUAAUUUUGUUUUAACUUCACGAGAGAGACGUUGAGCAGUGAUAGCAUGGCAAAUACGUUGUUUUGUUUUUCUUGAGGAUAUACGGAAUUUCUCCUCGCAAACAACAGGGGAAGUGCCCCCUGUCCUUUGUCUGCCACGGGUGUUUUUAAAGUAUUCGACAUGGACAUUUACGGAUACAAUGGUGUUUUCCUGGUCAAAAGACUAUUUAAUAAUGCAGCUUUUGAGAUUUCGAACAUGUCAGACAUUACGAAGGCGAAUCCUCGGGGAUGCGAUAACGGGGCUUUGACAAACAGAUUCGGAGUCUUGAUUCAAGGGUUGCUGGCAAUAGUUGCCUUCAGCACAUUGAUGGUGAAGAGGUUCCGUGAGCCCGUAGGGAUCAGAAGACCAUGGAGGAUCUGGUUUUACGACACGUCCAAGCAGGCCAUUGGCGCUCUCUUCAUUCACUUCGCCAAUGUGUUCCUCUCCAACCUCACAGAAAUGGACCCUUGUUCCCUGUAUCUGAUGAACUUCUUGCUCGAUGCCACGCUAGGCAUGCUGGUCAUCUGGGCGGGGGUCAAGGUUGUCUCCAGGAUCGUGGAGUACAAGCAGUUCACACUGCUCACCUUUGGAGAAUACGGUGACCCUCCCCAGGCUGCAGCAUGGCUCGGUCAGUGUGGUGUCUACCUUCUCAUCAUGGUCCUGGAGAAGAGUGUAGUCAGCUUGGUGCUGCUCAUUCCUGGAUGGACCAACCUGCAGUCUGUGUUGCUGGACUAUAUCCCUAACCCUCAGGUGGAGCUUGUGUUGGUCAUGCUCAUCGUGCCCUUCAUUGUCAACUCCAUCAUGUUCUGGGUGGUGGACAGUCUGAUGAUGAGGAAGUACAAGACUCUGAAGAGCCUGGUCGACUCCUCGACCAAGGUCGCCUCCACGGCGCCAUGGGUUACCGGCGACGAGUCACGGGUCCUGUUGACAGUCGAGACAGACACUGAGGAGGAUUGUUCAACAAUGGUCCGAGGAGGGUCCCACUCUAGCCUUCCAGUGGUGGGCAUAAUACCUAGCUGGGUGGAGGUGUAGCUCUGGUAUCCUUCUCUACAAGACCCUGACACAUACGCUGACCCGCGCCACACACAAACGCGAGCACGGAUGUGUGAAUGUACGCUCCUUCCAGAUCACACAAAUUAGCUUUUUUUCAUUGUACACAUCCCAAUGAUGUCUUUGAUGACUUGGCUGUUAUGAGGAUGAAGAGAAAAAAAGUCCUUCACCCAUGCAGUCCCUGUUUACCGAAACAACAAGCUUGGUGGGGCUAUACAGUGUCUCGUAAUGGAGAUAAUUAGAGAGCACAGUGUGAGCUUGAGGGAACACGACAGUGAUGAUGAAAGAGUAAAUCUGUCCUCUCUCUCUCGGGGGGAUUUUGUGAAAAGG